AUGGAAUAUGCUCCAUGGAUGCCAGCGAAGAAGCUACCCCCUGUUUAUGGUGGUCGCCAACUCCCAUCCUCACUCAAGAAUAUCUCCUUCCGUGGGAAGGUGACUGUGACCUGGCAGAACCACACUGUUCCAAUCUUAUGGAGUCUAGACAGGCGUUUGGCUGGGUUAAAACCCCUCACGGAAGAUGAACUGAAGGAGCGCAUGGAUCGACUGGUUCAAUGAGACUGACUAUUACGUGCCAUGUUUUUCCAUUGCAUGCAUGCAUUUUCAUUAUUGAAUGAGUCAAGCUUUCAUUUAAACAUUUUCAUCUGAACUUUUUCAUGAUCUUAUGGAUCUGAC